UCGAUUACAUAAAAAUCGAAUCUUUGGUAGUGCCAUCGGUGUAAGUCCACAACUAGUUUUUAAGGCGCUCGGAACCGUCAUGGACUUCUCCAGCGUGCUCGGUAAAAGCGAGGCUCAUCAACGCACUAUCGUUCACCUGGACAUGGACUACUUCUACGCUCAGGUGGAGGAGAUUCGGGACCCAUCGCUACGUUCGAAGGCUCUGGGAAUACAGCAGAAAAACAUUGUGGUCACCUGCAACUAUGUAGCGAGAGCAAAGGGAGUGGCGAAAUUGAUGCUUAUUCCAGAAGCACAGCGCAUUUGUCCGGAUUUGGUUUUGGUGAAUGGAGAGGAUCUCGCCCCUUAUCGCCAGAUGUCGCAAAGAAUCUUUGACCUCCUGCUUAACUACACUCCUCUUGUGGAGAAGCUAGGUUUUGAUGAAAAUUUCAUGGAUGUGACUGCGCUAGUAGAAUUGCGACAGGCUCAUGCCGCCGAAGCACAGUUAAAACCACCAGUGGGUCACACCUAUCCAGACGAUGGCACUUCCUUGUCCGCCUGCGACUGCGGCUGUGCCCAGCGCCUGGCCAUUGGCACUCGGAUCGCCCAGGAAAUUAGGGAGGAACUGAAACUUCGACUCGGCAUCACCUGCUGCGCCGGAAUUGCCUACAACAAACUGCUAGCAAAGCUCGUCGGCAGCAGCCACAAACCCAAUCAACAAACAGUUCUUGUUUCCACUUAUGCAGAACAGUUUAUGAGGGAACUUGGCGACCUAAAACGAAUCACUGGUAUUGGGCAGAAGACGCAGUGUCUGCUUCUUGAGGCAGGUAUGUCAUCUGUUGAGCAGUUGCAGCAAUGCGAUAUGGACGUGAUGCGCAAAAAAUUUGGAUUUGAGACGGCCACUCGGCUGCGGGAUCUGGCCUUUGGUCGCGACACAAGUUCUGUCCGUCCUACCGGAAAACCCAAGUCCAUUGGUAUGGAGGAUGCCUGCAAGCCAAUUUCCGUACGAACUGAUGUAGAAGAAAGGUUUCGCAUGCUGCUUAAGCGGUUGGUGGAGCAGGUUGCAGAAGAUGGACGCGUACCCAUCGCCAUCAAGGUGGUGUUGCGAAAAUUCGAUACCCAGAAAAAGAGUAGCCACCGUGAGACGAAACAAGCCAACAUCCUACCCUCCCUAUUUAAGACAUCCGUGUGCCCUGGAGAGACCGGCGUGAGCAAGGUACAAUUGACAGAAGGAGCGCAGGAAAAACUUCUCAAAAUUGUGAUGCGUCUUUUUGAGCGAAUCGUGGAUAUGAGCAAGCCAUUUAAUAUCACUUUACUCGGCUUAGCCUUCUCCAAAUUCCAGGAGCGCAAGGUAGGGUCCUCAUCAAUAGCUAAUUUCUUAAUUAAGAAAGCGGAUCUGGAGGUACAAUCGAUUACCUCUCUGACAAAUACGAGUCUCACAAGUCCCUCAGCGGAAAGCCCCACAUCGGAUGAAAGCGCCUUUCGCUCCUCGCCAACAACAUUCAAGCCGAGUGAUCAGUUUUAUAGGAGAAGGGCCACUACUGCAUCUCCAGUACCCAUGUUGCUUGAUAAUGGUUCUGAAUCGGCGGCCACCAAUUCGGACUUCAGCGACUUUUCCGAGACGGAAGUUGAACCGUCUCCCAAAAAGAGCCGAGUGGGCCGGUUGCUAGUGUCCAAGCGCAGCCGAUUAGCGGCGGAUGUGGGUGAUUCCGCCGCGGAGGUAGCUUCGCCCAGCAAACUGCGCGUCUGUGAUUUGCGUCUGAACUCGCGGGAUAGCGAGAAGGACUUCCCUAUGAGCACCACGCCCUCCACUUCAACGUCCGCACCCGCUUCUCGCUUUCGGACCGUCCAGCCACCGAACACGCUGUUGCAGCGGAUCGACGGCAGCCUUCGCUUCGUGACCACGCGCACGGCUAGUCGCUUGAGCUCAAAUGCCAGCUCCACUGCAUCAUCGCCACUUCCUUCGCCAAUGGACGACUCAACGGCAAUGAGCGCACCCAGCACACCAACGAUGACCUUUGCCUCACCCAUUACAACAACAAUGGUACCCACCACGUCCUCCACGACUUCGACUGAUGCCCUCACUAAUAUCGCUUGUCCAGCGGGGGUGGAUGCCGAAGUUUUUAAGGAGCUACCUGUGGAGUUGCAAACCGAGUUAAUCACAUCAUGGCGCAGUUCUCUUGUGGCGGCAGUGGAACAAACUAAUGGAACAGCUGCCAGCACAAAUGCAGCCAUUGCAAGCGGAGCUCCAACCACUGCCACAACCGCUAGCGGAGGUCAGAAGAACACGUUGUAUCGCUACUUUCUGCGGAAUAAGUGAUGCAGUGCAUCCAAGCAUCACACAAUUUCUAGUUGUAAGGAAAAAGUGAAUAAAUCCUUUUAUAUAUAUGAUAUAUUUUUGUAGGUAUGCGGUUACAGAUAGUUAGUUUACAGGCGCCGCUCUAGACGAACGUAAGCUAGGAUACAUCAUUUAAAUGCUAGAUUUAAAGGACUGAUUGGGUAGAAUUACUUUAUUAAAACAAAAAAAAAACAAUUAAAAACAAACCAAUUAGUUUAAAAAAAGUUCUUUUUUAAAUAAUGGCAUUGUUUAAGUCUACUACUUUGUUUAUGAAGUUAUUUAUAUAAUAAUAAACUUAAGUCUUCAGUUGUUUUUAGUGUUAUUUAUGCCGCUCUAGUUCGUUGCCCACAAAUCUACAUACAACCAUGAUUAUUAAAUAAAUAUAAAUACUCAACGA